GUUCAUGCUCAGAACAACGAACGUGCAUUCAGGUCAAUCUUGAUGAUCGACAUACCCGGCCAAGGCUCAAUAGAAGGGCUAGAGGUGCCUCUCCAGCACAUCAAAGGAGGUAAAGAUGGUUAUAGAGUAAAGGCAUACCUGGGUAUCCCUUUUGCACAACCUCCUACGGGAAAGAAUCGAUGGAAAAAGCCACAAAAGCCAAUACCAAAUUGGACAGGAAUACGAAAAAGCGAAUGGAAACAUGAUCCUUUUCAACCUUUGGAUCUACCAAGAAUUAGUAGUGUUUUAAGAGGCGACAAUGAAGGAAAUCCAAAGCAUACAUCCCACCAGGAUGAUCAUUUGAUGAGCGAAGAUUGUCUGUAUUUGAAUAUUUGGAAGCCGGAAGAUGUUGAACAAAAAGACGGAAGACCCUUACCCGUUUUGGUGUGGGUAUAUGGCGGCGGAUUCAUCUUUGGUUCUACUUCAGUACCCAUCAAUGAUGGAGCAAGGUUGGCGAGCAAGACUGGUUGCAUUGUCGUCAGUAUCACCUAUCGCGUUGGCGUCUUUGGCUUCUUGGGAUCUCGUCAACUGGCCAAAGAAGAUGGUAAUGAAAGCGGCACAGGCAAUUACGGAUUAUGGGAUCUGGUGGCCGGAUUUGAAUGGAUACAAGAAAAGAUUUCUAAUUUUGGUGGAGAUCCAAACAAUGUUACCGCUUUCGGUGAAUCGGCUGGAGCGAUUGCGAUACACUAUCUCAUGCUCAGUCCUGCAGUUCCGGCCAAUCUGUUUGUACGAGCAGCUUUGUAUAGCGGAACUAUUGUUUCCGUUUUACCGCGUACAUUACCUUCAGCACAAGCAACAUUUGAUGCUUUGUCAGAAAAGCUAGGGAUCCCACAAAGUGCAGAAGAUUCUGAAAGGUUGGAGAUGCUGAGAAAUGCACCACCAGAUGAAGUUCAAGAUGUAUUCUUGAGCUUUCCCGGCACAAGACCCCGAUCGGAAUAUGUCGUCAAUCCAGACAAGGGUCGGCCGAAUCGAAGAAUGGAUCGCGAUCAACGUACGCUCAAUUUCGAAGCUGUAAGUCUUUGCGGUCCUGUUUGGGACGGUGUAAUGGUUCCCGAAGAUAUUCUACAACGGAUGAAGACAAGUGCCUUAAGAGGAGAAUUACGUAAUGGUAAUCAAGGUAUCAUCCUCGGUCACACAGCUGAUGAGGGAACCUUAUUCAGUAUAGCAAUGGCAUCUGUUGCAGGUCUAAAGAGAGGUCUGCAAUUGUUCGAUACAGAGAUGCGUGAAAAGGUUGAUAAAAUAUACGGAGCAAGUUUACAACAAACGAACGAAUCGGCAAAAGCGAUAAGUGGUGCAAUUUUAGGUGAUUACAUGUUUGUUGCUCCGAUCAAUAAACUUACUUUGGAUCUUUCCAAACAAAGUCGGAUACCGACAUAUCGAUAUGUAUGGUCACAUAGACCUUCGCCUUCGCUUUUACGAUCUUCCGUUGCCGUUUCUACUUAUUACGAUUUUGCAAUGGGCGCUGGGUCUUGGCAUUCGGGUGAAUUGCCUUUCCUCUUUGGAAAUGAUGGAACGGAAAGGUAUAUCUUCUCGAGGCAGAAGUACCCCACUGAGGAAGGUCAAUCCCGUGGUCAGUCAAAGCAGAAGGUUGGAUUCACAGAAGAGGAACGUAAGCUCAGCAACCAAUUCAUCGCUCAUCUUGACACAUUUGCAAGGGGUAGAGCACCAUGGACUUCAAUACAAGAUGAUGCAAAGUCAAAUUCGCAAUUGACUGAUCUACUUGUGAUGGGCUACGAUGACCUUCCAAGCAUCGGUGUCAGUAUGUCAGAAGCAAUUAAAGCACUUUCGCUUCAUGCAGAAAACAAAGACCAGAACUACACAAUACCCGUCCAGGAGAAGAAGCUUUCGAGUACAUUAAUGUGGCAAGCUGCAAUAGAUCCCGACAUGAACGGAAACAUUGGUCAAUCAGAUCGUCGAAACGAUUUCUGGACUUCAAAUGACUUUGAACAAACAUUAUUGUAUUAUUAUGGUGAUGAGAGGAUUACAUUCCUGCCAUGAUGUACAAAAGAAGGAUGGGUAUGUUUUCUCUAUGGGAAAGUGUAAUAAUUACUCUUCUUCUGACGACAGGAAUCACAACCAAACUCGACGUUUGAGACCUUCAAUCAGAGGUGCAAACAAGGAAGCAUUGGCUUUUGCUUGUGCUAAACUUUGAAUGGUUUCAUCUUUGACGAAAUCCGAAAGAUCAUCCAAAUCACAUGCACCUGCAGCAGCACAUUGAUCUACCAAAAGGGAAACGAUUGCAUCAACGACAUCAUGUGAUGUAAGUGCGGUAUUUGAACGUUCGGCACUAUUGCGUAAAUGAGCGGCAAAUUGAGGUGCAGCUUUGAUCGAACCGUCUAAUCCUU